UUUUCUACAGCCAUUAAAAAAAAAUUGAUUUUAAUGAAUUUUUAUUAGUAUAUAAGCAAGCACGUAUGAACUUUUUAAAAAACAUCAGAAAGUAUCCAAGAGAACUGUCUUGAAACCUGAAAAAUGAAGCUUAUUAUUGUAACUUCCGCUUUCCUUGCAUUCUUUUGCUGUUUUUCGCAAAUAGAAUUCACUUUAGCUAAACCUACAUAUGGAUAUGGACUCGGAGGACUACCAGUAAGUGCUCUUCAAGGACUUCCAAUUGCAAGUCUUCUUCCUCUUCUAAGUGGAGGUGGCGGUUUAGGUGGUCUUCUAGGAGGAACUUCAGGACCAUCGUAUCAAUCAAAUACCGAAAACAUUGCCGUUGAAGGUGCUUUUAACUCAAUAUCAAAAGGAAUUGAUCUUACUGGAAAUCUUAACGCAUUAUCAGGCGGUUUAUUGUAGAUAUUUUCUAUACAAAUAUACAUAUUUAUAAUAUGAUAAAUACAAUUUUGAA